CAGCGACCGCAACGGAAACACCGCACGACCAACUAAACUAGAAGCUCCCGCCAUAGAGUAGAGUAGAGAGGCGUCGUCGUCGUCGGGCAGUCGUCUUCUCGGGGAAGCAGGAGCAGGAGCAGGAAGGCAGCCGGCAACCUAACCAACGUACACUACAACACUACAACACAGCACAACACAGCAUCAUGAUCAUCAAGCUCCCCUCCUCCGUCCGGUUUCCGAUCACGGUCACCGAGUUCCUGAAGCAGCCGAACAGCAAUGUGGCGCGGCUCGAGCCGCUGCUUGUAUACACCUACAAGACGAUGGUCACGGAGUACCCGGAGUACGGCGUCGAGGUGCAGGUGGAGAAGACACUGUCGUCGCAGUUUGACGCGCCCGUGGGCGGAAAACUCGCGCGGUGGAUGGUCGGCGUUGGCUCUGUGGUUGAGAACAGCAGUACGCCGAUUGUCGAGAUCGAUGAGCCGUGUACACAUGAGAUUCAGUUCGCCGGACUUUGCACGGAGUGUGGUGAAGAUAUGACCUUGACGGACUACAAUUCGUACUUCUCGAACAGUGAUCGCGCUACAAUACAGCUGGCCCACGACAGCGCGGGAUUGACUGUGAGCGAAGAUGAAGCUCGGAAACUAGAAGAUCAAGCGAAACGGCGGUUAAUCAAGGAGCGGAAGCUGUCGCUUGUGGUGGAUCUGGACCAGACGAUCAUUCAUGCCACGGUAGACCCGACAGUUGGGGAAUGGAAAGACGAUCCCUUCUGCGUCAAUCACGACUCGGUCAAAGAUGUGGCGGCGUUCAAGCUCGACGAAGACAUCAGCGGCGGCCGAGGAACAUGGUACUACGUCAAGAUGCGGCCCGGAUUGAAGGAGUUCCUCGAGCACAUCUCAAAGCUGUUUGAGCUCCACAUCUACACCAUGGGAACACGUGCAUAUGCGCUGUCGGUAAAGAAGAUUGUGGACCCGGGUGGCACGUUGUUCGGCGAGCGCGUGCUGAGCAGAGACGAGAGCGGGAGUAUGACGCAGAAGAGUUUGCACCGGCUCUUCCCCGUAGACACGAAGAUGGUCGUCAUCAUUGAUGACCGCGGUGAUGUCUGGAAGUGGAAUGACAAUCUGGUCAAGGUUCGACCGUACGACUUCUUCGUCGGCAUCGGCGACAUUAAUUCCAUGUUUUUGCCUAAGAAGCAGGAGUUUCCUACUACUGCUACUAUUGCUGCGGCCGCCACCGCCACCGCCAUCGUGCCUACGGAGGACGCUGCUAUAGAACCUGAGAGCAUAGCGAUUGGGCAGAAGGAGGAGAAGGAGGCGGAACUUGGAGACGAGACUGCCAACAGUCCUGCGAAGACUGCCGGUGCAUCUAUGACUGCGCUGGAGCAACUCAUCACCAUGGGAAGCGGCGACGACCGGCAGCUGCUGACCGAUCAAACAUCCGAGCUCGACAAGGCCAUUGAGGCACAAAAAGAGAACCGGCCCCUGGCUAAGAAGCAGGAGCUGCAGGAUAAACUCGACGAGGAAGCGGCAGCAGCGGAGAUGGCAGCAGCGUCGGAGAACGGCAACACUACCCACAAAGACGUCGCCAGCGACGGUGGCGCGCACAAGCACAGUGUCCUUCGAGACGACGAUUGGGAAUUGAAUGCGUUAAAGAUACACCUCUCAGCUGUACAUGACCGGUUCUAUCAGGAGUACGAGAAGAACAAGGGUGCCCGCAAGGACCGCGUGUCGCAAUUGAAAGACGUCAAGAGGCACCCCAGGAAACGGGGCGGCACUGACGACGAUGACCUGGAUAUUAGCGCUGUUCCGGAUGUGGCAGCGAUCAUGCCGGUGAUGAAGAAGCAGACGUUGAGCGGUGUGGUGUUGGUGUUCUCCGGCGUGAUUCCGCUGGGAGCCGAUGUUCACUACUCCGACAUAGCCAUCUGGGCGAAGAGCUUUGGUGCAGUCGUCGUGGAGACGGUUUCGUCUAAAACCACGCAUGUCAUAGCGGCGAGAAGUCGCACCGCUAAAGUACGACAAGCGGCCCGCUACCCCCACAUCAAGAUCGUCAGUCCCCGCUGGCUAUACGACUCCAUCUCUCACUGGCGCCAUGAGACCGAAGAGCCUUACCUCAUCGAACUGCACCCCGAGGACCGCCCACCACUUGGCACCCCCGUCAACGGCCUCGACGACUCCACGCUCCUCUCCUCCGAAGACGACGACUCGGAUGACGACUCGGAUUACGACUCUGAAUUCCAGGGUACCAGCAGUCAACCCGACGGCGGCGUCGACACGAGUAACGUACCGUGGAAAGAUGUGGACGAGGAGUUCGCCGAGUACUUUGGCGACGACGACGACUUCGCCGACAGCGAUUCCGAAAGUAUCAACAGUCUCAGCCUCAACUCGGAAACGGAAACGCCUACCACCACCACCGAGCUCGAAGUCGGAAAGCGGAAACGCACCGGCGCUGGAACUGCCACACCUCCCAUCGCCGGUGAUGACGGCGACGGCGAUACGGACAUGGAGAAUACCACAACCACCAACGAUACCGGCAGUCGCCUCGCGAAGCGCCAGAAGAUUGCCCGCGAACGCGCAGCAGCCGGGAGUGGGCUCCGCGAUGUGUCGAUUCCCAACGAGGGGGCUACGGCGGAUGCGGCGGCGGAGGAAGUGACGGAGGCGGAGGCGGAAGAUGGCGACGACAGCAACUCUCUCGCAGACGAGCUGGAGCGUGAGCUGAUGGGCCUCGACAAUGCCGAUGGCGACGAGGGCGGCGGCGGCGGAUAGUAAUUUCCACAACGGGACGGGGGGGGGGUGUGACUUGUACGAUAGUUUUCUUCUCUUUUCUUUGUGACAACAUCCGGAGUUGUUUGGAACAUUUUUUUCUUUCUUAUUGCUUCCUUCC